AUGGAGGUGGCAUUGCCUAAUGUGCCAACUAAAAUGCACCAUCCAUUUACUAAAUACUCAGAAUGGAAGUUCAAACAGUUUCGAGUGAAAUCCUUAGAGAGGAGACCAUCUGAGGAGGAAACAGAGGGAAGUGAAGUCUCAUACAACAGCUCUCAAGAGACAUCCCCUAAGUCUACUGUGGUUUUGGAGGAUCUUAGUUUGGGGUCUGCACCACAAUCACCUACAAAUUUCAAACCACAGCAAAGUGAGAAAUCAAAUGUGGUAGACAACAAUGAAACAGACCUAAAAAGGUUGGAAGAAGAGGCCCACAUUACAGUCAUACAGCAACUUUGCCGCAUUUGCGGUGCCUGUUUUAAAAUGGAUCAGCAGAACCGGAGCUAUCCUGUCCAUGGACCUGUGGACAGUGAAACUCAAGACAUUCUAAGAAGAAGAGAAAAGAAAGUCACCUCUUGGCCUGAGCUGAUCUCCAAGGUCUUCAAGACUGAUGUGAGAGCUGAUGUAGAUACCAUUCAUCCCACUCAGUUUUGUCAUAAUUGCUGGACUAUAAUGAAUCAGAAAUUCAGCAAUAUUUCCAGUGAAGUUUAUUUCCCCCACAAUCAAGCUGUGGAGUGGACACCUCAUUCAGCCAACUGUUAUGUGUGCCACUCUUCCAAACCCUGGGGCAAAAGAAAGAGCGCACCCCAGCUAAACCCACAUAAGAUGAAAAAGCGCAAAAGAGGACCCGAGUUUGUCAAAAAGUCCAAAACCUCCUCAGGCAACUCAAUCCAAUGGAAAAACAUGAAAGCUUUUAACCAGAUGAAGGACAGCUGCAAGAAGAUCCAUCUUGAUAACAAUCUCCUGGUUUUGGACUAUCCUUCAGACUUUGUGAAGUCUGUGUCUUGCCUAGUGUGUGAACACAUUCUGUCUGAUCCAGUGCAAACCUCAUGCAAACAUUUGUUCUGUAAGAUUUGCAUCCUAAAAUACAUUAAGCUUAUGGGAUGUUACUGCCCAUCAUGUAAGUACCCAUGCUUCCCUACAGACCUAACGGUGCCAGUGAAAUCCUACCUGAAUGUCCUCAAUGCCUUAUUACUCAAAUGCACUGUGUCUGGAUGUGAUGAGGAGAUCUCUCUUGGAAAAUAUUCUCACCAUAUCUCCAAGCAUAAAGAAACCAAAGGAAAGGAGGUGUAUGCCCAUAUUAACAAGGGUGGCAGACCCCGGCAGCACCUGCUCACCCUAACUCGAAGAGCACAAAAACAUCGUCUCAGGGAAUUGAAGAUGCAAGUUAAAGCUUUUGCUGACAAAGAAGAAGAAGGUGAUGUGAAAUCAGUGUGUUUAACACUCUUUCUUCUGGCUCUCAGAGCAAGGAAUGAACACAGGCAAGCUGAUGAACUAGAAGCCAUCAUGGAAGGUAGAGGAGCAGGGCUUCAUCCAGCUGUUUGUCUUGCCAUCAGAGUUAACACUUUUCUCAGCUGCAGUCAGUACCACAAGAUGUACAGAACCGUUAAAGCCACAACUGGGAGACAGAUCUUUCAGCCCUUGCAUGCUCUGAGGAAUGCAGAGAAGGCCCUGAUACCAGGUUAUCAUACAUUUGAGUGGAGACCACCUCUCAAGAAUGUUUCUACUAGAACGGAUGUUGGAAUUAUUGAUGGACUCUCAGGGCUAAACCAAUCGGUGGAUGAGUAUCCAGUAGAUACAAUCUCCAAGAGAUUUAGGUAUGAUGCAGCCCUUGUCUCUGCUUUGAAAGACAUGGAAGAAGAUAUCCUUGAAGGCUUGAAGGCACAAGACCUAGAUGACUAUGUAAGUGGCCCUUUCACAGUGGUGGUUAAAGAGUCCUGUGAUGGGAUGGGAGAUGUGAGUGAGAAACACGGUAGUGGUCCUCCUGUUCCAGAGAAAGCUGUGCGUUUCUCUUUCACUGUUAUGAAUAUCAGUGUUCCCAACAAAAAUGGCCCUGUUAGGAUCUUUGAAGAGACUAAGCCAAAUUCUGAACUCUGUUGCAAACCUCUCUGCCUGAUGCUAGCUGACGAAUCUGACCAUGAGACCCUAACAGCCAUUUUGAGUCCUCUCAUUGCUGAGAGGGAGGCUAUGAAAACUGCCGAACUUUUGCUGGAAAUGGGAGGAAUUCUAAGGAAUUUCAAAUUUUCAUUUCGUGGCACUGGGUAUGACGAGAAGCUGGUGCGAGAAGUAGAAGGACUUGAGGCAUCAGGCUCUCUCUAUAUCUGCACAUUAUGUGAUGCCACCCGUCUAGAAGCUGCUCAGAACUUGGUGAACCAUUCCAUAACUAGGAGCCACUGUGAGAACUUACAGCGCUAUGAGAUGUGGAGGAGCAAUCCACACCACGAAUCACCAGACGAGCUACGUGAUAGGGUCAAAGGUGUCUCUGCCAAGCCCUUUAUUGAAACCCUACCAUCCAUUGAUGCUCUGCACUGUGACAUUGGAAAUGCAGCAGAAUUUUACAGAAUAUUUCAGCUUGAGAUAGGGGAAUUCUAUAAAAACCUCAGUGCCACCAAAGAAGAGAAAAAGAGAUGGCAAGCCACUCUUGACAAGCACAUCAGAAAGAGGAUGAACCUGAAGCCCAUUAUGAGAAUGAAUGGGAAUUUUGCCAGGAAGCUCAUGAGCAAAGAGACAGUUGAAGCAGUGUGUGAACUGGUUCCCUGUGAGGAAAGGCAGGCAGCACUGACAGAACUUAUGGACUUAUACCUCAAAAUGAAACCUGUUUGGCGCUCCUCAUGCCCUGCCAAAGAGUGCCCAGAACUGCUUUGCCAAUACAGCUUUCAUUCCCAGCGCUUUGCAGAGCUCCUGUCCACCAAGUUCAAGUACAGAUAUGAAGGCAAAAUCACCAAUUAUUUUCACAAAACCCUGGCACAUGUCCCAGAAAUCAUCGAGCGUGAUGGCUCCAUUGGUGCCUGGGCCAGCGAAGGCAACGAAUCCGGCAACAAGCUAUUUAGGCGCUUCCGAAAAAUGAAUGCCAGGCAGUCUAAGUUCUAUGAAAUGGAAGAUGUGCUGAAACACCACUGGCUGUAUACAUCCAAAUACCUCCAGAAAUUUAUGAAUGCACAUAAUAAUCUGAAAAACCAAGGGUUCACUGUAGAUCUAGACAAUCCUGACCUAGAGCAAAGACUAGAAAGUUCUAUGGAAUCUUUAGAAUCAAUGGAAUUCUGA